AUGGAAGCGGAUCACACUGCGACAGGCUCCGAGGAGCUCCGAGCGCCUCCCGGGUGCUCAGGCAAAGAUCGAAGAGCAAAGGGGCAGUUCGCAGCACGCAGGCCCAACUGUCCUGCCAGGUGCAGCGUUUUCAGACGCGGUUUUUCCUCGACCGAGUGGUCAGGGCCCGCCUACAAUACCCCCGUUUUCCGGAAGACCAAGAGAAAUGACCUCGCAGAGAAAUGGGACAACCUGGGAUUUUCAAUCCGCCCACUGAACGGGCAUGUGAGGUAUACUUGGUCCGACGGUAGCUGGGACUCUGGAGUCUUCGUGCCAGCUCCGUAUCAGCUUAUGCACAUCAAUGCAGGCGCUCUGCACUACGGUGUGUCGUGCUUUGAGGGCAUGAAGGCCUUCUCUUGCAAAGACGGAAAGAUUCGUCUGCUGAAUCCAGAGCUUAAUGCGAAGCGCAUGCAGAAGGGCGCAGGGGCCCUCUUGAUGCCUGAGGUGCCCACAGACAUGUUUGUUACGGCAGUGAUGGAGGCAGUGCAGCGCAACAAGGAGUUCGUGCCCCCCUACGGUAACAAUGCCUCGAUGUAUGUGCGCCCGCUGCUGUUUGCCAGCGGACAGAUGCUUGGGCUGGCACCUUUGGCCAGCGAAUACACCUUCUUCGUGACCGUCCUCCCAGCUGGAGGAUACUUCGGCAAAGGCAGCGAGGUGGGAGUCAAGGCGUGGUUCCACAUGUCACAUGUCGGUCGGAGAGACGAAUUGCUCUAA